AGCAGCGCGGAGACGGAAGUAUCGUGUAAAUAGCUGUGAUAGCUACAGUGGGUUUGAAUUUUUUUCAGUCACUAUAAAUAUUCAUCUACAAUGUUACGACGUCUAUUAUACUCUCAUGGAUUUUUUCUCUGUAUAAUAACAGCGUGCUUAAGUUGUGUUACGCCACCUUUGGAAUGUCCAAAUAAAAAUAUUACUUUCUGGUUGUACACUCGGGCCAACGAACACAGUCCUCAUCAACUAUUAGCCGAUGACAACAAUUCUAUAACCGAAGCACCGUGGGUUACUGACGCUCCGAUCAAGAUACUGAUCCACGGGUACACGGGUCAUAGAGAUUUCUCACCUAACACUGAAAUUAGACCUGCCUACAUGAAAUGUUGCGAUUACAAUGUUAUUAGUGUGGACUAUAAUAACAUAGCAUUGGAGCCUUGCUAUUUGGAAUCAGCUAGAAACACAGAGCUAGUUGGAAAAUGUACCGCUCAACUUAUAGAUAAUCUGAUCAAAAUACAUGGUUUUAAGAUGCAAAGAUUUCACGUGAUCGGAUUCAGUCUUGGUGCUCAAACAGCCGGUUACAUGGCAAAUUACCUAAUCAGUGGACGACUAUCGAGAAUUACCGCAUUAGAUCCUGCUAUGCCCCUGUUUGUUACAACUGACAACAGUAGAAAGGUUGACAUGACUGAUGCAGAUUUUGUAGACGUUCUCCAUACGAAUGCUUUAGAAAAAGGAAAAUUAGAAGCCAGCGGUCAUGUAGACUUUUACGCCAACGGUGGUCUCACUCAACCCGGCUGUAAAGCUUCUGAAGAACAAACAAAAUCCGGUUGCGACCACGCCAGGGCACCGAUAUACUACGCGGAGUCUAUUAUAACAGACGUUGGUUUUUACGCAACGAAAUGUUUUUCUUGGAUCACUUACAUGAUCGGCUGGUGUGAGCUAAUCAAUUCGAGUGAUGAGAUAUUAUUUGGCGAAUAUGUAUCUUUGGAAGUCACCGGUUUUUAUUUCUUCCCGACAAAUUUUGAAUCUCCAUUCGCCAAAGGUUUGAACCACAGGAACACAAGAGAUUUAUUAAGUCAAGAAUUUAAUAAAUAUGAUAAUGGAAUUUGA